CUUCUCCGCCCCGCCCGCUUGCACGGCCUCGGGCGUAGACUGUGUGAAGCGCCUCUGUGGGUGUGGGCCGGGCCACCCAAACACGCCUGCUCUCCAUAGGCGUCAUGAGGCCCGUGGUGCGGGGUCUGGCGGUGAACGGCGAAGAGGACAGCGUGGACAGCACCCCCCUCCUGCAGCGCGCCCAGCAGCCUGAAGCCGCUCCAGUAUGCUGCUCUGCUCGUUAUAACUUAGCACUUUUGGCUUUUUUUGGUUUUUUCAUUCUCUAUGCAUUGCGUGUGAACCUGAGUGUUGCAUUAAUGGAUAUGGUGGAUUCAAAUGCAACUCUGACAGAUAAUAGCACUUCCCAAGAAUGUGCAGAACAUUCUGCUCCCAUAAAGGUUCUUCACAAUCACACAGGCAGAAGGUACCAGUGGGAUGCAGAAACUCAGGGAUGGAUUCUUGGUUCUUUUUUUUAUGGCUACAUCAUUACCCAGAUUCCUGGAGGAUAUAUUGCCAACAAAGUUGGGGGAAAACUGCUGCUAGGAUUUGGGGUCCUGGGCACUGCUAUCUUCACACUGUUCACCCCCAUUGCUGCAGACUUAGGAGCUAUAGCUCUUAUUGUACUCAGAGCCGUAGAGGGACUAGGAGAGAAAUAUCCCCUCCUCCAGGGUGUUACAUUUCCAGCUAUGCAUGCCAUGUGGUCUUCCUGGGCUCCCCCUCUUGAAAGAAGCAAGCUUCUUAGCAUUUCAUAUGCAGGAGCACAGCUUGGAACAGUAAUUUCACUUCCCCUUUCUGGAAUAAUUUGCUACUAUAUGAAUUGGAAUUAUGUUUUCUACUUUUUUGGAAUAGCAGGAAUAGUUUGGUUUAUCUUCUGGAUGUGGACAGUUAGUGAUACUCCAAAAGCCCACAGGACAAUCUCCCCUACUGAGAAGGAAUACAUUUUUGCAUCAUUACAAAAUCAGCUUUCUUCACAGAAGUCAGUGCCAUGGAUAUCUAUCGUAAAGUCAUUGCCACUUUGGGCUAUUGUAGCUGCACAUUUCUCUUACAACUGGACUUUUUAUACUUUAUUGACAUUACUGCCUACUUACAUGAAAGAAAUCCUAAGAUUCAAUGUUCAAGAGAAUGGGUUUCUGUCUGCACUGCCUUAUUUUGGCUGUUGGUUAUGUAUGAUCCUGGCUGGUCAAGCAGCUGACAAUUUAAGAGAAAAAUGGAACUUUUCAACUAUAAGUGUUCGCAGAAUUUUUACCCUUACAGGAAUGGUUGGACCCGCAGUGUUCUUGGUGGCUGCUGGAUUUAUAGGCUGUAAUUACUCUUUGGCUGUUGCAUUCCUAACCAUAUCAACUACACUGGGAGGCUUUUGCUCUUCAGGAUUUAGCAUCAACCAUCUGGAUAUUGCUCCUUCGUAUGCCAGUAUUCUCCUGGGCAUCACAAAUACAUUUGCUACUGUUCCAGGCAUGGUUGGGCCCAUCAUUGCUAAAAGUCUGACUCCUGAUAACACUAUUAGAGAAUGGCAAAUUGUUUUCUAUAUUGCUGCUGCUAUUAAUGUAUUUGGUGCCAUUUUGUUUAUGCUAUUUGCCAAAGGUGAAGUGCAAAAGUGGGCUCUCACUGAUCACCAUGGACACAGAAGCUGAUGCAAACAAUAAGGAAUCCUGUCUCUAUUGAUUUAUUUUUAUCAUGUAGCCUUAAAGUGCCUUUGAUAUUUUAAUGUAAAUAUUCUGUAUACAAAAUAAAUAGUACCAUAAUAUUGUUUUUAAUUUUUAAGGCUUAUAACCACAAAAUGUAAUAUGAGCUAUUGAAGGCUGUAUUUAAGGAAAUGAGCUGAAGUGCCCUCUCCCCCCAAUACAUUUGCUUAAUGUAGGUAAUGUCUCAGGUUUUGUUAGAUACCUGUUUUUGUCCAAUUCAUAAAAGUCAUUUAUGAACCAGACAUAGUAGUCCUACUUUAAUCCCAGCACUUGGGAAGCAGAAAUAGUAGAAUUAUGAGUUUGAGGCCAGCCUGAAACUACAUAGUGAAUUCCAGGCCAGUCUGGGAUAGAGCAGGACCCUACCUUGAAAA